AUGCAACCGUGGCGUCCAUCGAUGUCUGCGAGCUCCCCUGUCCUUGUGGCUCUGCUGUCCGUCCUCUUUGCUCCAGCUCUUGGACAACUAGACCUCAAUCGUUUGGAUGGCGACACCGUCUGCCCACCAAUGAGAAGCGGACAAGAUGACCUUCCAGGUUUUGAUCUGAUCACCCAGUUCCAGCUGGAUGUGAUCCCUCUGAAAGGAGUAAGGAAGGUUGAGGGUUCGACGCCCCUUCAGGUCGCCUACCGUCUCGACAGGGAGGCCAACUUCCAAAUUCCUACCAUGUUAAACUUUCCUCGCGGCUUCCCUGACGAGUACUCCUUCAUGGUGACUUUCCGCAUGAUCAAGAACACCGUGAGCAAGGUGUGGAACGUCUGGCAAAUAGUGGACGAAGACGGCAACAAACAAGCCGGACUGAGGCUGAACGGAGACCAGCAGGCGCUUGAAUACUUCCUGAUGGGCGCUGAUGGAAACCUGCAGACCGUCACCUUCCCCGGCCUUUCUGUGCUCUUCAACACCAAGUGGCACAAAGUGAUGAUUGGCGUGGAGCGCGACCAGGUCACUCUGUACGUGGACUGCCAGCCUGUGGAUCUGAGACCCAUCAAGGGCAAAGGCCCCAUCAACACAGAGGGAGACACUCUCAUUGGCAGGCUGGAUACCGACCCUGACGCGUCCGUAGUGUUUGAGCUCCAGUGGAUGUUGAUUCACUGCGACCCAAAGAGGGCCCAGAGAGAGAGCUGCAACGAGCUGCCGGCCACCGAGAUGUAUGCCAAUGCUGAGCCUGACAGAUCGAUCCAAGGACCCCCUGGAGUUACUGGCCCAGAAGGCCCCCGAGGGCCCGGAGGAGAGAACGGCAGAGAUGGAAGAGAUGGCCUUCCAGGUUCUACUGGUACUCCAGGUGUUACUGGCAGCAAAGGGGAGAAGGGGGAGGUCGGUCUUCCUGGACAGAGAGGGCUUCCUGGCCUUCAAGGAAUUGGUGGUUCUUCUGGUCCAAUGGGUCCCAGAGCGCCUGUUGGCGAGAGAGGACUUCCUGGCUUUCCUGGACCCGAAGGUCCUCCUGGCCCAUCAAGUGAAGGACCCUCCGGACCAGCAGGGAAACCAGGAAUCCCCGGAGACGAAGGAAACAUCGGGCCUGAGGGUUCACCUGGAACCAAAGGAUCAUCCGGCACCUCAGGGCUUCCUGGCCCUCCUGGUCCACCAGGGCCAGCGGGAGCGCCUGGUGCCGGCAUUGAGGAGAGCGGGGAUCCUUGUCCAGCUGCCUGCCCCGCUGGCCCUCAGGGAUUGGCUGGACUACCUGGUCUGAAGGGAUACACAGGUUUGCCUGGUGAGCCUGGAAAGGAUGGGAUUCCUGGAGAGAAGGGAACAGAUGGAGAGGCAGGUCCUCAGGGGCCACCCGGUCGCAUGGGAGAUGAUGGCGUACGAGGACCCAUUGGAUUCCCUGGAACCCUGGGAGAAAAGGGAGAUAAAGGUCCUCCUGGUUUCAAUGGUGUCCAAGGACCUACUGGCCCACCUGGAGCUCCUGGUGUGGAGGGAAUCCGUGGUCGUCAGGGUUUGGAGGGACCUAAGGGCGAGGAUGGAGCUGUGGGACCUCAAGGAGAGCAGGGUCUUGUGGGAGAAAAAGGAGACGUUGGAGAGUCCGGAAAAGAUGGCAUUGAUGGUAUUCCUGGAGUUGAUGGAGCCAAGGGAGAAGCUGGCACUGCUGGGACUGUCGGUCUCAGGGGGAUUGUGGGUAUUCCUGGCCUGCCAGGGAAGCAGGGAGUAGCAGGACCCGCUGGUGCAAACGGGGACAUCGGAGCUGAGGGUCCCGUCGGGCCAGUUGGACUUCCUGGAAAGAUUGGAGAGCCUGGAGAUAAUGGAGAAGAUGGGAACACUGGAGAGAAAGGAUCCACUGGUGAAACCGGAAAACAAGGGCCACUCGGGGCUGAGGGUCCUUCAGGCAUCGUGGGAGACAAAGGAGAUAAAGGUGACAUGGGAGACAGAGGACUGAAGGGUCACACUGGACACAAAGGUGAUCAGGGGGAUAUGGGACCAAUGGGACCAAAGGGAAGUUUGGGAGACACAGGAAUGGCAGGAGAUCUCGGGAUAAAGGGAGACCAGGGCCCUCCUGGUAUCACUGGACUCAAAGGAGAGCGUGGUGAGAAAGGCACACGAGGAGCUACCGGAGACGAAGGCAGACCGGGUCAGACGGGUCACGGGGGUUUAUCCGGUCCAAUGGGGUCCCGAGGACUGGAUGGAGAACAAGGUCUUCAUGGAACCCCAGGCCCCAGAGGUGUACCUGGUCCUAAAGUGAACGAUGACAAGCUUCGGGAAAUGUGCUCAGUCGUCGUUGAAGAGCAACUAGCAGAGUUCAUGAGGGAGAUGCUGAAGAGGCCCUCAGCCCUUGGUGCCCCUGGUACUCCUGGACCUGUAGGAGCCUCCGGACCCGAAGGAUCAGCUGGACCAUCAGGAGCAGCAGGGGCCCCGGGGUCAGCAGGGGCCAAAGGUCAUCCAGGCUUCUUUGGACUUCCAGGCAUGCCAGGCAAGAACGGUGACUCUGGGGAAAAGGGAGAUAAUGGAGUCAAGGGAGAGGACGGGGUAGGAAUCAAAGGAAGCACCGGAGAACCAGGUGCACAAGGUGCAGCAGGUGUUCCUGGCGUUGGAAAGGACGGCAAAGAUGGACAACGCGGUGAGACAGGAAACCCCGGAGUCCCAGGAGCCUCCGGUCCAAGAGGGCCUUCAGGGCCUCAGGGGCUUUGUGAUCCUUCGACCUGUAUCAGCAGGUCUAUUCCCCCGUUCUACAUGGUCAGUGGAAAGAAGUCCGCCAGCUACAGAAAACCAUGAGACAUCACCACUGAGACACACUCCAGAUCUCAUCCUGCAGUGACCAGGGCUUCUUCAGAAGAAAGCCCCUCAAAGUCUCCAUCUGAACCGUGGAGCUAAGAGACGCAAAGGGAAACAGAGACAAGGCACAAUUGUAGAAUACUGGAAAGACAUUUUAUCACAUGUUGAAAGAAAGCUGCUACUGACGCCGAAGCAACUUGUUUGACAGACACCCACGAGUCUUCAGAAAAACCAAUAUCAGCAUUUUGUAAAGUAUUUUAAAGCUACACCCUCUCUGAUUUUCUCUUAUGAAUAUACUUUUGCAUUCCUCGAAUAAGCUCUCUGAAACACAUUGCUUCUACUCACAGGAUUUGGUAAAGUGGAACUAUGUUCUGAGUCUGUUUCCAAAACAAAAAUCUAAAAUGUCCCUUCAAGUGCAGAGCUGAGCUGAGAUAUCCAACAAUGUGCUUUUUA